AUGAGUGAAAAUACAAAAAAAGCAUUUGAUAAACAUACAAAAUCUAUGGCUGAAUUAAUUAAUUUAAGUAAUCAGCUUAAUAAUGUACAAGUUUCAAAUGCAGAUAAUAAAAAAGAGAUUGAAUUAACACCACAAGGAAUUCCAUCUAUGUAUCAAGGAGAUAUAAUUUUAACAGAGCAACAAGCUUCUUAUUUAAUUGAUGAAGCAAAAUUAAAAAUAGAAGCAAAAAAAUCAAAUAAGACAGGAAGUGAUGUUGAUAAAGAAAUCGUUGAAAAACUUAAAAAAAAUAGAGCUUACAAAAAAGAUUCACCUUUCAAAUGGACUUUUCCAAUUCCAUACUUUAUUGAAGGUGGUGUCGAUCAAAAUGUUGUAGAUCAAGCUCUUAAAACUAUGGAAAAAGAAACUUGUAUUACAUUUAAAAAAACUGCUCCAUUUAAUAAUAAACUAGGUCUUAAAAUUUUUAAAGGAAAAGGUUGUUGGUCAUUUGUAGGACCAACUUAUAAAGAUAAACCACAAGAAAUAAGUAUUGGUAACAAUUGUGAAAAAAAUGGUAUUGUUCAAGAUGAAGUUUCUCAUGCAUUAGGAAUGUUCCAUGAACAAUCAAGACCAGAUAGAGAUAAUUAUCUUUCUGUUAAUCUUAAUAAUGUUGACUCAAAUCUAAGAGACAACUUUGAUAAAUCUACAAUUGCUGAAACUGAUACUUUUGGCGUUCCUUAUGAUUAUGGUUCAGUUAUGCAUUAUGGUAAAAAAGCAUUUUCUUCAAAUCGUGGACUUACUAUGGUUCCUAAAAAUAAAGAUUAUUUAAAUACAAUUGGAAAUAAUGAGAAAAUGCAAUUUAAUGAUAUUAAAACGAUUAAUUUAGCUUUUUGUUCAGGAAGAUGUAAAGGAGGUGUUCAAUGUAGUAAUGGAGGAUAUGAAAAUCCAAUGAAAUGUGGUACAUGUAAAUGUCCAAGUAUGUUUGAAGGAGACACUUGUAAUAAAGUUCGAAAAAAUCCAGCAAAUUGUGGUCAGUCUAAUAGUAUAGUAGCAUCUAAUGCUUUUAAAAGUUUAAAACUUCAAGGUGUUAAAGAUUGUGUCUUUCUUAUUAGUGCAACAGAUGGUAAAAAACCUGAAAUUGUUAUAGAAAGAGGAAACUUGAAAGCAACAGAACGUUGUUUUCCUGGAGUUGCUCUUGAAGUUAAAUAUAGUAAAGAUUUAACUAUUACUGGUCUAACAUUUUGCGGAUCUGUUCAUAAUAAAAAAAUAUUGCUGAAGGAUCUCAAUUGCUUUUCCAUUAUAUUGGUACACGCGGAGAUCAUUCUUUGCAACUUAAAUAUCGUUCAGUUUAAUUGA